AUGCUCUUCUUUCCUGACAGCUUGGAGUUUGAUUUAGAGGAUGCACUGCACAACGACCCGCGAAAGCCUGACGCGAAGGACAAAGUGAAAGAAGAAGCCCUCGUGAAACAAAAAAGUGCCCCCUCGAACAAAUCCGCUCCCCCCGAAGCCCCUGAAGAUGCCGAAAAAGAAAAGGCAGAGGAAGGAGCUGCUGUCAGUAAGGAGGCAGCUCCAGCAGGCAGCCCGACUAAAAAGAAAAAAAACAAAACUAAGAAAGAUUCUUCCUCUUCUUCUUCUUCUUCUUCAUCCUCCUCCUCCUCCUCCUCUUCAUCUUCCUCUUCCUCCUCUGAGUCUGAGAAUGAAAAGGAAAAGCCUAAAACUGAGAACGAGGAGGCCAAAGCUUGAUCCUUCACAGCUUCUUGUCUGCUCUGUGUGUUUUUUUCAGUUUCAGUUGAAAAAUGUCACAUUAACACUGUUAAGGUGUGUUUUCUCAGGUGUCAGUGAAAUAAAGACAUUUGGAAACUGAA